AUGGUAACGAUUGUUGACGAUUUAGAUUCAUUAUCAAUACAAGAGCCAAUUUUCAAAGAUGUUAAGUACUACCUCUCUGGCGAUGUCUCGGAAAGGAUUAUGCAGUUGCUUCAGUCUGGGGCCGCGGAAAGCACUAAAUAUUUCUCUGAUUAUGUCACUCAUCUAAUUUGUGGUCCAAAUGCCGCUGAUACCGACUUAGACGACGCUCAGGACAUAUAUCAAAUCCCUGCAGUGACUGAAAAUUGGGUGCUUGCGUGUGCUCGGCUGAAGAAGCUUGCUAACCCAAAGCCUUACUUCCCAAGUAAGAAUAAGAUAUUCUCAUAUGUCACUGCCUGUGUUUCCAAAGUAAGCUCGAGUGAUGCGAAAGCGUUGUUUGCACUCAUUACAUACAAUGGUGGAAAAGUGAAGUUAAACUUGGAUACACAGUGUACUCAUUUAAUUUGUGGCUCAGCGAGUGGUAAGAAAUACAACGCUGCUCUUUCACUGUCAUCCAAGGUUAAGAUUGUCACUCCAGAUUGGGUGUUGGAAAGCUUGAGAGCUCGAAUACAAGCGGUAACCGAAGUGUUUCACCCUAAAUUACUUGUUAUACCGCAACCACCACCGAAACCAAUGGAUCGUAUUAGUGCUAUAACAGGGUUUGAUUUUGAAGAAGGUAUUGCUAAAAAUGAGGUUCCAACUCAAAACAUGACUGAAAAUAAGGAUGAGAGUACUCAAGCCCUUUUGGAUAAGCUGAAACAAAGAAUGCCAUGGAAUCAUCCUCCAUCUUCGGCUAAUUCAUCUGUAGCCACAUCUAGUAUUAAUACCAUGGGUUAUACAACGGCCAUGUCUUCUGCAAGUAUCGCAAGCAAAUCAAUACCACAGGGAAUUGUUACACAAAAUUUACAAAUACAAGGUAGUCAAGCAAAUACACAAUUUAUACAAAAACUUGGGCAAAACACAUUAGCUUCACAAGGUGGGAUGAAUGUUCAAAACCAGCAGGUAAAUCUACAACAAAAUUACAACCAAAGCCAGCAACAACAAUCACAACCGCCACAUGGAUUGUCAGCUAUACAGCUCCAACAACAAAAACUGUUGCAACAACAUCAGUUGAGAGUGCAAAUGAUGCAACAGAAAAUGGGCAAUCAACAAAACCAACAAGGAUUCGGCCAACCAAAUGUAUCUGCAGCUCAAAUUACACAGAACAUUAAUAAUCAAAUACAGCAGCAUAUGCAAAAUAAUCAACAUCAUAUACAACAAAAUCAGAAUAUUAACCAAAACCCGACCACAUCAAUGAGCUCUGCUCAACAACAAAUAGAGAACAUUAGCCAAAUGUUAAGUCAAAGCGCCAAUAAUAUGCAACAAGCUCAAAUGAACCAGCAAAAUAUUGUGAUGAAACAAGGCCUUACUUUAAGUCAACAGAGUGCUGUGCAAAAUAUUGCUCAACAAUUAGCACAAUCUACACAGAACCUUCAACAAAGUUUGCAAAAUGCCAAACUAAAUCAGCAAAAUUUAGGUCCUACACAAGUUAUGAACCAACAACAACUCUUAAACUCAAGUCAACAAAUGUCUAAUCAAAACCAGGGCAUGAUUCAGCAACAAACCGUUCAAUCUAUGACCAACCAACAACAGAACAUUAAUAUGGGUGUUGUUAACCAACAGGGUAUGGUGUCAUCUUCACCAGGUCAAGGCGGCCAAGGGGGUCAGAUGAAUCAACUUGUUAAUAAUAAUAACCAAUCAUCUGUGAUUGGUCAACAGAUACAAACUGUGCAACAGACAAUACAAAACCAACAGGGAAAUACUGUUCCCGUUCAAGGUGCAUGGCGACAACAAAAUAUACAAAUGGUGCAAAAUGUACAGGGUCAGCAUCAAAUAAUAAGGAGUCCACUUGUACAGUCACGUAAUCCUCAGAACCAGGUGAUACUGCAACAUCAGAUCAUGCAAACACAGCAACAGGCCAUGAUAAACAAUCAACAGGCGCAGUUAAGUCCACAACACACAAUACAACAGACACCACAACAAAUUCUGCAACAGACAAUUAACAACCAAGGGCAAUCACUCAACCAAACACAUCAUCAAAUACUUGUACAAAAACAACAGUUACUUAAUGGAACCCAACAACAGAUCGUCCAAGGGCCACAACAAGUUCUAAUAAACCAGCACACAGGUCAACAACAGAUACUUGUACAUGGGAACCAACAGGUGACUUUGCAGGGUGGACAGCAAUUAGUGUCUCAGAGUCAAAUUGUACACCAAGGCGGUCAGAUCGUGAACCAGGGCGGGCAGCAGAUAAUAACACAAGGCGGUCAACAAGUGCUGUCGCAGGGCGGGCAGCACGUUAUAACGCAGCCGGGACAACAGCACCAAGUAGUGAUAGCACAGUCCUCCCAGCAAUUAGUUACUCAGUCCGGGCAGCAAAUAAUCGGCCAGACGCAGCAGGUACUGUCGCAAGUGCCGCAAUCGCCUCAACCGGGUUCCCAGUUGACCGGGGGAGGGAUACAACAAAUCAUAACUCACAGCGGUGGCCAACAAAUAGUAUCACCGGGCGGGCAACAGAUUGUUCAAGGGCAGAACGUGUCUUGGCAGCAGCAGCAGUACUUGCAGCAGAGGCAGCAGAUCGGUCAACCCGGAGCUGUAGGACCGAGGGUAUUGCAGGUGUCUUGGUCAGCUGGAGGCGGCCGGCAGCUGAUACACCUGGACGCUCAGACGCACGCACAGCUGCAGCAGAUGGAUCCACAGCAGCGGGCGAUGUUCGUGGCACAGCUGCAGAAGAGACGACAACUCUCCAUACAACGAGCCGCGGCACUCGCACAACAGCCUGGCGCCGGUGGACCGGGGGCAGGCGGGCCGGGCUCCGCCCCCACUCAGAGCGUGACGUUCAUACGCAGUCAGCUGCCUCCAGGACUUACACAACAACAACAAGUGCAAUGGUUACAACAGCAAGGUGCAAGGACUGCGACUAUACCUACACCUCAACAGACACAACCUCCGCAGUCACCAGUAGGAUCAGUAAGCGGUGCGGCAGGUCCAGCUCCAACGGAUACUCCUUUGCAGCAGUUACAGCGGCAGCAGCAGUUCCAGAGGUUGCAGCAGCUUCAAGCACAGCGUGAUCACGCACAGCUGCAUCAUCAGACAGCUAAACAGAUAGCGCCUGUGACACAGCAUGUCGUAACACCACUGCAAGAACAACAAGUCGACGGUCUUUUGACGCCGACAACACCUGAACAACAGCAGGCCGGCCCUGGAGCGUUGUUGGUGAACCCAAAGACUAAGACAGCACUCGCCAACAUGCUGUCUAUAAGACUACAGGGGUCAACGACCCCAGCAGAUCAUGAGCCAUCCGCUGCUGGAACACUACGAUUAAUGACAGCGGCCCACGCGGCGGGGGGCGCAGCUAGGGCUCCUACGAGACUACUCUUGGGUCCACCUCACCCGCACGCUUCACCUGCGCCGCCGGUAAAUAACGUGGGUGCAGGUGUAGGUGUAGGUGUCGGUGUAGGUGUCGGUGUGGGUGUAGCUAGUGCCGUCGCCAACGCUGGCGGUAAGGUAUACGCAGGCACCGUCCGCGUUGCGCAGGCGCGGCCGCAGUUCUACGGACACAACCCUAAUUUGAAGCUACCACCCGAACUAUUUCUGCUGGGAUGCGUUUUUCAUAUUGUGGAAUACCAACAAUCCGUGGGAAAUGAUCGUGUCGCUCGUUGGACGGAGGCGAUAGUGCGUCGCGGCGGCGAAGUUGAAGCCGGGUAUUGCGCUAGAGUUACACACGUUAUGUGUGAGACACAACGUCACGGGGUAGUGAUGCAGGCGUUACGUGACGCGAAGAGAUGCGUCACGGCGUAUUGGGUAGCCGAUACUCUUGAACGACGCAGUGUGAUGCCGCCGUGGCACGCAUUACAUCUACCGGCAUUACACGCGCGAUCAGAACGACCGGCGGCACACCAUAGAGCCGCGCUAACUGGAUGGAAACGAGAUGAGAGACGAAGGAUCGCAUGCUGUUUGAGACAGGUCGGGGCCAAGAUGACGGCGUACAUGACACGCGACAAUACUGUGGUUAUCUGUAAGAGAGCGGAAGGCACCAAGUAUAGACGCGCGAGAGAGUGGGGUCUGCCGGUAGUGAGCGCCGCCUGGCUUACAGAUCUACUGCUGGGGAAUAUGACGGCUUUGUCACAGAUUGAAAACGCGAAAUAUCAACAAUUUAAUCUUGGGAGUCCAUUCCGUAUGGACUACAGUUUAGUUUCACAUUUAAUGAAUGCGUGGAAGAUGCCGAUUAAUAUUACGCAAGAGUCUCACGAGCGAGCCAAGCGGAGUGCCAGUAGUUACCCGCGGCGCGCCAAGCGGCCUCGUGUAGAGAUCUCGCCGUCCACUGGCACGCCAGUCGCACCGCCCAUACACCUCGCACCUCGAGUACUGUUCUCAGCCCUACCUAAUCACCUGCAUCAACGACUGGCCGCUAUUGUCAGACAACUCGGCGGGCUGGUUGUAUCGUCACCUUCAGAAGCGACUCACCUAGUGAUGGAAAAACUUGUGAGGACUUGUAAACUAGUGAGCUGUCUGAUAACAGUGAAACAUCUUGUGACACCCGAGUGGAUCAAUGAAAGUCAGAGGCUGAAUAAAUUCGCUGACGAGGCGAAAUACCCGUUGAGAGACGAGACUUUUAAUAAGACGUUCAAGUGUGAUGUAGAUGAAGUGCUGUUGUGUGGUGAACAGAGGAAGAAACUCUUUGAUGGGAUCACGUUCUUCUUGACACCAUGUGUGAAACCGUCUCGAGCCGGUCUCACGGAGAUGAUAGAAUUAUGCGGUGGAAAGGUCGAGAAGAACAGACGCUCGUAUGUGUCCAUACAAGAUAUGCACAUGCAGAAGCCAUACAGUUAUCUAGUACUAACCGUACCCAACGAUUUACACUUGGUCUACUACCUGCUGCAGUCUGAUAAGACUUUGAAUGUUGUUUGUAACACUGAAGUAGUGAUGUCCGCUAUCAUGAGACAGAAGUUGGAAAUAGAAGAGUUUCUUGUUAAGAUAGAUUGA